AUGUCGUCUGCCCUCUCGUUACCGGCGACGGUGCGGCCGGCAUCCACCGGGCCUGGGCGCCAGCUUUACGGGUCGCCGCAGCGCCACGGUCCGGUGCUCCGACCGAGGAGGCCGCAGGCCGUUCCGUGCCACGGUCUGCUGGCGCUGCAGCGGAGGACGAGGCGCUGCGGCGCUUCCGGGCAGGACCACUACGGGGGCGCGCUGGUGGACGAGGGCAUGGCGGUGCUCCGGCGGAGGAUCCGGGAGGCGCGGAUGGCGGAGACAAACUACGAGGCGCCGGCGGGAUGGGCGGACUGGGAGAAGCGCUACUACCCGGCCUACGUCUCCGACGUGUCCGCGCUCGCCGGAGCACUGCAGCUGCUGGCCAUGGGCACCAAGCCUGGCGUCGCUGCGGCCGUUGCCGCCAUGCUGCUCGCCGGAGUACCGAUCUCCGCUCUAGCAGUCCUGCACCUCCUCGGCCAGGCGGCGGGAUCCAUUCUGCACCAUGUGUCUUGA